AUGGAGCAAGCCAACUUCUACGAGGUCGACUCCCGGCCCCCGAUGAGCAGCGGCCAGCACCACCAGCUUCAGACUCCCCUGUCUGGCAGCGCCUACAGCUACAGAGAGGCUCCCUCGGCGGCGGCACCUGCUGCGGGCGGCGCGGAGCUCGGCGACAUCUGCGAGAACGAGAACUCAAUCGACAUCAGCGCCUACAUCGACCCCGCCGCCUUUAACGACGAGUUCCUAGCCGACCUCUUCCAGCACAGCAAGCAGCAGGAGAAAGCCAAGGCCAUCCUGGCCGGGGAUUUCGACUUCCACAGCAUGCAUGGGGCCGGCGCCGCCGCCUCGGCGCCGGGGCACCAGCAGCAGCACCACCAGCAGCCGCUCUUCGGCUGCGUGGCCGGCUACGUGGACGGCAAGCUCGACCCCCUCUACGAGCGCAUCGCCGCGCCCGGCUUGCGGCCGCUGGUUAUUAAGCAGGAGCCCCGCGAGGAGGAGGAGGUCAAGUCGGCGGCCCUGUCGGCCCUCUACCCCCACCACGCUCCGCAGCAACACCCGUCCCACCUGCAGUACCAGAUCGCCCACUGCGCCCAGACCACCAUGCACCUCCAGCCCGGGCACCCGACGCCGCCCCCCACGCCCGUGCCCAGCCCGCACCACCCGCACCACCCGCAUCCCCCCGGCGGCCUGCCCGCCGCCGGCGCCCUCAAGAUGAUGCCCGCGGACCACCGGAGCAAAUCGAAAAAGACAGUGGACAAGAACAGCAACGAGUACCGGGUGCGCCGGGAGCGCAACAACAUCGCGGUGCGCAAGAGCCGGGACAAGGCCAAGCAGCGCAACGUGGAAACGCAGCAGAAGGUGCUGGAGCUCACCACCGACAACGAGCGGCUGCGCAAGCGGGUGGAGCAGCUCACCCGGGAGCUGGAGACUCUGCGGGGCAUCUUCAGGCAGCUUCCCGAGAGCUCCCUGGUGAAGGCCAUGGGCAGCUGCGCCUAAACCCGCGCCGGGACUGGCGGGGCCGCCGCGGCCGCUGCCGGGCUGCCCCCGCUCACCUAUAGAUACUAUACAUACCGGAGCGCAGCGAUCUCAGAUUGUUUCGAGGGGAGUGGGGGGGGGUGGGGUUUUUGUUUUAACAAUUUACGACCAAUACAAGAAGCCAGGCAGCUGUAGUAUUAAAAGGUUUGUGCCUUAGGGGUGACACACGAAUAAGCUGAAAACAUGGUGGGUUUUAUAAGGAGAAGGGUGAGGGGAAAGAAGAAAUUAAAAAGCCCACGUGUCUACACAGGGUAAAUAACAAUAAUAAUAAUAGUAAUAAAGCACACAUAGCAAUCCAGAUGUGCCUUAAAAGCUGGCUGCAGGAGCUCUGGGGCUUUCUGUUCUCCCCAGUCUGGCAGGGCGCAAGGAAAAAGGGCUAGGGAUGUGCAGGCUUGAGGGACAGGGCAUCUGGGGGUGCUGGCCAGGCCCCCCCAGCUGGGCUGCAGUGCAGCUACAGGGAGGUGGUGAGGAGAAGAGGGCUGAGGCUGAGGGACCCGCAGCACCAGAUGCCUGUGUGGAGCACUGAGGUGGGGGGCUGCCGGACUGCUGCCAGGACUGUCCCAGCCUGGCUGGGCUGCCUCUGCCGACCCUUGUCCCCUGCCUUGGCUUGGAGUGGGGCAGGGGCUGUCACCGCUGCAGGACCAAUGGACAGCCUGGAGCAGCAGCUUGCCAGGGAGCAUGGCGAGCUCCCUCCAUCAAAAGGAAGAGCAGCAGUGUCUUGUACUGUAUGUCACAACGUGGCGAAGCACAAAUGAAUAAAUACCUAUUGAUGCGGGUAUUUACUAUGAA